AUGGAAGGAAUAGGCGGAGAGUGUAUGAGAAAGAGGCGAAAGGCCAGAAAAGAAAGAGAAUAUGAACUUCGAACUGCUGAUGUAGUUGAAUAUCUGGUUGUAGAACUUAAUUCUUCAGAAACAAUAGUUGAUGACACUGAACUUGAGGGCGAUGUUGAAGAUGAUAUACCUUCAGUUGAAAUUGAUGUCACGGAGCUUGGUUUAUGUGUAGAAGCAGAAAAUAGGGUUGAUUUUUGUGAUGAUAAUGAUGACAAAAUUGUCGUUGCUGAAGGUGAGGAUGAAGAUAUUACUGUUGAUGAAAAAGAUGGAGCAGACGAAGUAACCGCUGAUUGUAAUGAUGUAGGUGAAUAUGAACUAAAUGUUGACGAUGUUGAUGAUGACGUCGACGAUAAAGAUAUAGAAGAUAAUGACGAAGAUGAAGGAGAUGAACUUAUUGAUGGUGAAAACGAUGAUGGAGACGAUGAUUUAGCAGCUGAUGAGGUUGAUGUGUAA